AUGGCAAGUCUCGCCGGUGGGAUUUCGAUUAGAGCAAACGCUAGCAGGGCUUUCUCGAGGUUAGGCAGAGAGCUCGGAGUGUCGAGCAUCGUCGCUACUCACCUGCGACGAUAUAAAUCCUCAUUAUCAACAACGUCCCCUCCUCCAAAGCUGUCCCUCCCCAGGCCGUCGCAUAACUACCGAAUACCCAUACGACUUUUCUCGACAAGUCCCCGCGCCUCCUCAUCCCCCAAAUUUACAUACGGUAUCUCAGCAUCUUACUGCGCCAAAGAAAACCGUUACUCUCCCACCAAAAACCUUACCCCUUUCAACCCCUACAAUGCCAUUCCUGUACCCCUCAAACCAGCCGACCGCAGGCCCGCUUCUGGCCAAGAUGCAUUCUUCGUGGCGCCCAUAUCAAACACCUCGGACAUUGCUAUUGGAAUCGCAGAUGGGGUAGGGGGCUGGAUUGACUCCGGUGUCGAUCCUAGUGAUUUUUCACACGGUUUCUGCGAGUAUAUGGCGCAUACGGCUUCGCUUUCGAAUGAAAUAGACGAAGUUCCUAUAUCUGCGAGAAGACUUAUGCAGAAGGGUUAUGAUUUGAUUUGUGCUUCGGGCAAAGUGCGUGCUGGGGGGAGUACGGCUGUUGUGGGAAUCUUCAACUCUGGGGGAAAUAUGGAGGUUGCAAAUUUGGGGGACAGUGGAUAUAUACAAUUGAGAUCAGGAGCUGUACAUUCGGCCUCAGAAUUCCAGACACAUGCGUUUAAUACACCGUACCAAUUAAGUCUGGUACCGGAGGCGGUUAUGAGACAGGCGGCGAAAUUUGGGGGGGAGCAAUUGAUGGAUUUGCCACGGGACGCGGAAGUUGUGAGUAAGGAAUUGAAGCAUGGGGAUGUUGUUGUUUUCGCAACGGAUGGGGUUUGGGAUAAUUUGAGUGGAGGGGAUGUUCUUAGGAUUGUGAGUAAGAGAAUGAGGUAUGAGAAGGCCUGGGUCAACGGCGUCGAGGAUAAGGGAACGGAGGUGGGAGAGAAGCUUGGAGAAUUAAUAGAAGAAGGCGGUGUGGAGGGGAAAGAUAAGGGUAUGCUAAGUUUGCAGAGCUCUCUGGCGGUGGAUAUCGCCGGAGAAGCUAAGGCCGCAAGUCUUAGCUUGCGGAGGGAUGGCCCGUUUGCAAGGGAGGUCCAGAGGAGAUAUCCGGAUGAGAAAUGGAGUGGUGGAAAGUCAGAUGAUAUCUGCGUGGUUGUUGUGGUGGCGGUAGAGGAGGGGAAGUAA